CUGUUCUUCUACACGGUCUACACCUUUUACUAUCCCCUCUGUCCAUGGCGUUAGAAGUUCAAUCUGCUCAUAAAUCUCUCUCUCUCUCAUCCGAUGGCAUGCAACAGCGACGGCGUGGAAGCGGGAUUCGCGAAGCUUCAGGGCGAAGACUUCGAGUACUACAUGCAAACCUACUCGAUCGUAUUAGGCCGCAACAGCAAGAAAUCCCCGGCGGUGGACGUGGACCUCUCCACCCUCGGCGGCGGCCUGAAGAGCAUCUCCCGCCACCACGCCCGCAUCUUCUACGACUUCCGCCGCCGCCGCUUCGCCCUCGAGGUCCUCGGCAAGAACGGAUGCUCCGUCGAGGGCGUCCUCCACCUCCCCGGCAACCCCCCCGUCAAGCUCGAUUCCCAGGACCUUCUCCAGAUCGGGGAUAAGGAGUUUUACUUUUUGCUACCGGUGAGGAGUAUCCUUGGGGGUCCCAUUGGGCCCCGCAGCCACGUCGGCCGUACGACGCCGUCGUACGAUGAGGGUGGCGGCGAUUAUGUGUUGGGUUCCGCGAAGAAGAUGAGGAGGGGCGGGGAUGGACAGGAUAUGAUGGUUGAGGCGAGAUCCAGGGACAGAGAAGCCGACAAUCAUCAGCUUCUUCUCUUGGAAGAAAAGGACAUGGUAUCAUCUGUGGCUACAGUUCUUUCUGAUCUUUGCGGGCCUGGAGAAUGGAUGCCAAUGGAGAAACUUCAUGCUGAGCUGGCAGAACAUUGCAGCAACGUUUGGCAUCACAGCCGUGUAAGGAGAUAUCUCACAUCCGAGGACUAUCCUGGUCCUCAAUCGAACAGAAAACCAUGGUAUGGACUGCUUAUGCUGUUAAGGAAAUACCCUGAACAUUUUGUCAUCAAUACAAGGACUGAGGGCCGAGUGACACAGGAGUUUGUCUGUCUCGUCUCGCUGCUUGCAUGAGAUCUUGGAACCUCACCGGCACAUAACCUGGGAAUUCAUCAAAAAAAACGACAGCCUAUGUUCUCAAGCCUUGCACAAUUUGUUGUGGCCACCUGGAGCACUAGAUGAACGUAAAUAACAACCUCAACAUGAUUUAUGACGCUGUUGUCAUUUGGCUCCGGAAAUUUUUACACUGUACCCCUGGUGUGCAAUACCUUGGUAGUUUCUUUGGUGUUUCAAUAACAGUUGCGUUGUUCAUACUUUUGUAUACGGUACCCUCUGCAUUCAGGAGGAUUACAGACGGUCCUUUCAGGUUUUUCUUACAGAGAAUUUUGUUUUGCAUUGGCUA